AAGCUUUAGGCUUCAUUAUUUUAAGGUUAGCCAUUCUUCCAAUGCGCCAUCAUCAAUCCUCUGCACGAAACGCCUUCUGUAUUUGAGUAACGUUUUGGUAGCAUUAUCUGGGGGGUUUCAAUAGUGAGAGUCCACGGAGAUUAUGGCGGCGGCGGCGGCCGGAAACAAUGGUGGCGCGUUGCAGAAGAGUUACUUUGAUGUGUUGGGGAUUUGCUGUUCUUCAGAAAUUCCUCUGAUUGAGAAUAUAUUGAAGGAAAUUGAAGGGAUUAAAGAGAUUAAAGUGAUUGUCGCUACAAGAACUCUCAUUGUUCUUCAUGAUAAUCUCCUCGUUUCUCAAGCACAAAUUGUUAAAGCCCUAAAUCAAGCAAGACUUGAAGCGAACGUUAGAGCAUACGGAGACCAGCAGAAAAAUCACCGGAAAAAAUGGCCCAGCCCUUAUGCGGUGGCGAGUGGGCUGUUGCUGCUGGUUUCGUUUCUCAAAUAUGUGAAUCCUGUUUUCAAAUGGAUGGCUUUGGCUGCCGUCGCCGCCGGUAUCUGGCCCAUUGCCCUCAAAAGCUUCACCGCCGUUCGCCAUCUUAGAAUCGACAUCAACAUUCUUGCUUUAAUUGCCGUGAUCGGGACAAUUGUGCUGAAUGAUUAUUUGGAAGCGGCCACCAUCGUCUUCCUCUUCACAAUCGCCGAAUGGCUCGAAUCCAGAGCCGGCCACAAGGCCAACGCCGUCAUGUCGUCCCUUCUAAGCAUCGCCCCUCAGAAAGCGGUUCUAGCCGACACGGGCGUAGUUGUCGGCGCCGACGAGGUCAAAUUGGGGACUCUGCUGGCGGUGAAGGCUGGUGAGGACAUACCCAUUGAUGGAAUCGUUGUGGAGGGAAAAUGCGAAGUGGAUGAGAAAACCCUUACAGGUGAAUCUUUCCCUGUUGCCAAACAGAAGGAUUCCACUGUUUGGGCUGGUACCAUUAAUUUAAACGGCUAUGUUACUGUAAAAACUACUGCUCUUGCUGAAGAUUGUGUGGUGGCUAAAAUGGCUAAGCUGGUUGAAGAGGCUCAGAAUAGUAAAUCUAGAACUCAAAGGUUCAUUGACAAAUGUGCUAAAUUCUAUACUCCAGCUGUUAUAAUCAUAUCAACUGGCAUAGCGGUGAUUCCAUUUGCUUUGAGACUGCACAAUCGCAGCCAUUGGUUUCACUUGGCACUGGUUGUGCUAGUGAGCGCGUGUCCCUGUGCACUCAUCCUUUCGACCCCUGUUGCGUCUUUCUGUGCACUUACCAAGGCAGCAACCUCUGGUCUCUUGAUCAAAGGAGGUGACUGCCUCGAAACUCUUGGCAAGAUUAAGAUCAUGGCCUUUGAUAAAACUGGGACAAUAACAAGAGGGGAAUUUAUGGUCACUGAAUUUCAAGCUCUUGAUAAGGAAAAUAUAAGCUUAGACACAUUGCUAUACUGGGUGUCGAGCAUUGAGAGCAAGUCCAGUCAUCCAAUGGCAGCUGCACUUGUUGACCAUGGAAGAUCACUAUCCAUUAACCCCAAACCUGAAAAUGUGGAUGACUUUCAAAAUUUCCCUGGAGAAGGUGUCCAUGGGAGAAUUGAUGGGAAAGACAUCUAUAUUGGAAAUCGAAAAAUUGCUACAAGAGCCAAUUGUGAAACAGUCCCAGAGAUCAAAGAUGAAGCAAAGGAUGGAAGGACUGUUGGAUACGUUUUCUGUGGGACUACUGCAGCUGGUAUCUUUACUCUAUCUGAUUCUUGUAGAACCGGAGCUAAGGAGGCCAUGGCUGAGAUCCGAUCUCUCGGUAUAAAAACAACCAUGCUCACCGGAGACAGUUCUGCAGCAGCCUUGCAAGCACAAAAAGAAUUGGGAAAGGAUUUAGAAACAGUUCAUGCAGAACUUCUACCUGAAGACAAGACAAGACUCAUCAAUGACUUCAAAAGGGAGGGACCAACAGCCAUGAUUGGAGAUGGUUUAAACGACGCCCCUGCCUUGGCGACAGCUGAUAUUGGUAUAUCAAUGGGAAUCUCUGGUUCAGCUCUCGCAAUAGAAACUGGAGAUGUAAUUCUAAUGACUAAUGACAUCAGGAAAAUUCCGAAGGCCAUUCGACUCGCAAGAAGAGCUAAUAGGAAAGUAAUCGAAAAUGUGAUUCUGUCGGUUGCUCCUAGGACUGCUAUACUUGGCCUGGCAUUUGGGGGCCAUCCACUUGUUUGGGCAGCUGUUCUUGCUGAUGUUGGUGCCUGUGUGCUAGUUAUCCUUAACAGUAUGCUCCUGCUGCGAGGAACUGAAGGACACAAAGGGAAAAAGGCUGGCAUGUUUUCUGCUUCUCACUGUUCCUCCAAACAUAAAUGUUGUCAUGUUGGUAGCCAUUCAGAAGAACAUGGUGGUCACACCCAUGAUCACGGUUGCAGCAAUGAAAGUUCCCACUCUUCUAGUCAUCAUCAACACCACCAUCACCAUCACCAUCACCAUGAGCAUGAGGACUGCGGCUCUCUCAGGAAAACUCAUAAUGGUUGCUCAACUCAGAAAUGUGCUUCUACGUGUGAUUCUGGGAUGAAAAAUUUGAGCUCAUGCAAGAAAAGUAAACUCGUGGACUCAUGUUCUAGGGCGGAUGAUCCUGCUGGCAGUGUAAAACCCUUUGAACAUGAGCAUUGCGUCCAUAACAACCAGCCCGAUGAACAUGAACAUUGCGUCCAUAACAACCAGCCCGAUGAACAUGAACACUGCGUCCAUAACAACCAGCCCGAUGAACAUGAACACUGCGUCCAUAACAACCAUCCCGAUGAACAUGAACACUGCGUCCAUAACAACCGGCCCGAUGAACAUGAACAUUGCGUCCAUAACAACCAUCCCGAUGAACAUGAGCACUGCGUCCAUGACAACCAGCCCGAUGAACAUGAACAUCAUACCCAUUUUUCAUGUGAUGAUCAUCAUGUCGAGGACGAACAUUGCUCUCUGAAGAAUACACUAGAGUUUUGCUCGUUUCCGAGAUGUGCAUCAAAUUCAUGUGAGAAAAUCCAGUGCACAAGCUCACCCGCCAGCCUUGAUGGAUCUGCAGGCAGUGAUGAGCUCCAUGAAAGUGGAUGUUGUACUCAUAAUACCCAAUCUGCUCAACAUGAUCAUGAAAUCCAAACUCUCAAAUGUGAUUUGGAUGACAGCCACUCAUCCAGUCCUGAUCAUCAUAAUGGUAAUGGCUGUUGCUCACAAAAGAACUCUCAGAAGGUUUCUUUAUCUCAUCCAAUGUGUCAUUCUGAGACCUGCAAUUCAAGUCCUUGUGGGAAAACCAAAUGUGUGGAUUCAACUGAGAAGCAACACACGCCUGAAGCCAGUCUAGAACUCCUCCAAGACCACAACCAUUGCCACCAAGGAAGCUUCGACACUUCGAAUUUCGUCUUGGAAUCCCAGGAAAACCACGGGAAAAGCUGCAGUGGACCUUGUAAAUCAAGACCACUAAGCAGGUGCACAGAGGAUGAAUGCACGGAAAGGGCUGAAAUGAUAGUUGAUUGUGAUGAAGCAAACGAGCACCACAAGAUGAAACAACAUCAUUGCCAUACUCAUUUGAGUCUUGAAAAUGAAGGAGUUCAUCCUCAUUGCAAGGCAUCAAAAGGAGAUAACGAUGGAGCAAUCAACAAAACCACAAAUAUCAAGCUCGAAGCAGCAGACCAUUCGAACCCGAAACACGGCAACACUUGUAAGGCUUUGGAAAACAGAGAGACAAACAACAACUGUAAAACCUGCAGAAGAGGAAGCUCACAACUCAAAAUUGGCAAAACUUGUGCAGGCUUGAAGAAGAACAGAGAAAUACGUGGGUGUUGUAAGAGCUACAUGAGGGAGUGCUGCAGGAAGCAUGGUGAUAUCAGAAUGGCAGUCCGAGGAGGCUUAAACGAAAUCAUCAUAGAAUAGAUCAUGUAAGCUAGUUCUUAUGUAACUAUGCUUUCCCAUAAUACCAUUUGAUGAAAAUGUCAUCACAGAAAGCAUCAUUACUAGUUAUUACUACUGUAUGAAUAUGAUGUAAUUGUUGAUAUCCAAGUGCAGGAAAUAGUUUGAUAUCUGUGGAUGCAUGAGAAUCUCUCUGUUUCAGUAAUGUUGAUGAACAGAGACCAUUCGGAAUGGCUUCCAAUUUGCAGUAUAGUGGGAGUGGGAAUCAUGGGCUUAGACCCAUGUUUUUGCA